UACAAAAACAAUGAUUAUGGAGAUCUUGCAGUUCUAGGUGAACACGAUGUAGGCGAUGAUGAACCCGAAUAUCAACGUCAGGGAAUACGUGCUGCUCACGGGAUCGCAAGAACCAACAAGGCCACUUUUGCUACUUCCGGAAGCGAGUUGAACAGACACGAGGGCCGCAAGCACAAAAGAGACUCGUCAAACAACAACAAUAAUUAAGGCUACCGCUGGACCAUCCUCAACAUCAUCCUUGGCCCUUUUUUCAAGGAGAAAAAGGGACAAGGGAGGUUCUCGGGGAUGCGAGCGCGGUAGCUCUAAAAUAAUAUUGUCCAGUCAGUCGCAGUGGAUGAUGGUGAUGGACAUAUCAUAACAGUCCUCACAACGGAAGCGAACAGCAAAUUCGCUAGUGUGCACGCUAUGGUCAGCGGCGGUGGCACUGGCGUUAAGGGAAGGGUUUUAGUUUUUAGUGUGUGAUGAUGAUAUUGAUAAGAGAAGAUAGGAAAAGGAAUAUUAAAUAGACGGCAUGAUGAUAUUGAUAAGAGAUAGGAAAAGGAAUAUUAUAGACGGGUAGCCUGUCAGUCAAGAUUUAAAUAUUUCUACGGCGUAAGUAAUGAUUCUGCAUGAUUUUUCUAUGUCCUCGAGUCAUAAUUAUUACAUUCUUUCUCGGACGAAUGAGAGACGCCGGCAUAGGCAUACAAACUCUUCUAUAAUCAUCUCUAAACAUCGCAACUCUACUCCGAACAGCAGUGGUGUGGAGCCUCCACCACCAGAUCAACAAGGCCAAAAGGAUAACUCUACGACGAGCGAACCCCACUGUACACUGAUAACGCCGCCAAAUUUCGACCAUUUUUACCCACGCGAGCAUCAUUGCGAUCUCGUUGCGAAUACGACGGUGACAAUGGUUAGGCUUAAAGAUGAUGGGGAUGAUAUGAGUAUAAGUACUUGGAUAAACAGCAUUGGAAGAGUUACUUCUACAUUUGAGACGGAGUGAGGACACACACCGGGAACCACCCCAUUUGGUGACAUCAAGGUUUCAAAAAAC